AUGCUCAGAUAUUCAAGGCUGGCAAUACGAAGAGGAUUUGCUCCAAAUAGCAGACAUUUCUCGAGUCUGUUUCCCAAACUGCAGAGAGGCCCGAAAGGCUCAGUUCCUCCCCCAGAGGUGCCCGACAACUAUCCGUCCAUUGCGGAAAAUGCAAAAUGGCUUGAUGAUCUCAACAGAGCAACACCACAAGUGGAAGGAGAGGUUGAAGAAAUAUGGGAACCGCAAUCGACUUACGAAAUCAUUGACGGUGUAGUCGAGACACCCAAAUCGGUGUACAACGAAUACAAGAUAGUUUCAGAACCCGAUGAAAAAAGCCCAUACUUUAUAUUGGCUCAGCCGGCUUCUUCUUUUUUUGUGAGUUCAUCCCCCUUCUCGAGUAGGACUUCCAAAACACGUCCUAAGGCAGACAACAACCAACCAUUCUCGGACUUGAAGGUGGCCUAUCUAAGAUCUGGUAAAGGUGGAAGCGGAGCAGUUUCGUUCUUGAGAGAUCCUACUAGAAGCAGAGGCCCAGCAAACGGUGGAGAUGGUGGAGAUGGUGGAAACGUUUACAUACAAGCAGUUCCCGGUCUGCACUCGUUGCACAACCUAAAGUCGAAGUACAUCGCCUUAGAUGGUGAACAGGGCCAUGCAGCGCAACUGGAUGGAAAAAGCGGAAGAGAUGUGGUGAUCGAAGUUCCAGUGGGGACCACAGUAAAAUGGUGCCCUUCCCCCAAAGUUAUCAGAGAGACCAGAAAGAAUAACGAGGAAAAGACAUUUUUGGUCAAAGCCAUAGGCAAGCACGAACAUGCUCUAGUUCCAGAGUUCAUACAGUUGUUCCGUAACAGUCACCAGGACGGAAAAGGCUGGGUCUUCAAGGAGAAAGACGAAGAGUAUCAUAUGGAGAGGGAGUUCUUUACAGAAUUAAAUGUGAGAGUUAAAGCUUUUGAUAUUAGGAGAACUAUCGACGAGCUGGAUGAGGAUCUGAUACCAAUAGAUGGUAUUGACCUGAGCAAGCCCACUCCAACCCCGAUUUUAUUACUGAAGGGAGGCAGGGGAGGCCUCGGAAAUAUGCACUUUCUGACAAAGAAUAUCAGAAACCCAAGAUUCGCAAAGAUUGGUCGCGAGAGUCUUGAAGGGAAUUUUAUUUUUGAGCUCAAGUUACUGGCUGAUCUUGGACUGGUUGGACUGCCUAAUGCUGGAAAAUCCACUCUGCUAAGAGCAAUCUCCAACGCGAGGCCCAAGGUUGGUCAUUGGGAGUUCACUACAUUGCAACCUUCAAUUGGUACAAUUCCACCUUUAAGAAUAGACAAGACGCCAUUCACAGUGGCUGAUAUUCCAGGAAUCGUUGCAGGAGCCAAAGAUGAUAGAGGCAUGGGUUUGAGCUUUCUGAGACAUGUGGAGAGAUCCGGUGGACUUGUUUUUGUGAUUGGGCUUGAUGCUCCAAACCCAAUUGAAUCCCUGGAGAUUCUGGUGAAUGAAAUGGGUGACCUGAGAAUGAAGGGGAAGCGGAUACUAGUGGUGGGCACCAAGGCCGAUUUGGAGGAUACUGAAGACAAAUUCUUGGCUUUACAAUCUUACGUCCAGCAAAAGGGCUGGAAAAUCGUCCCAUGCUGCGCUCAGAGGAAACAGAACGUUGAGCGUGUCAUUGAAUUAAUGGCCGAGUGUGCUGGGAAGGACUAG